AUGGGCUCUGACAACCCUCUUAAUGUCCCAGAAAUAGAUUUAUCAUACCUGAAGCCGGCUACUCCAGAGUGGGAUUCUGCAAGAUCCCAACUCUGGAAAGCUGUGGAAGAGUACGGCUGCUUCAGGGCCGUGUUCAAGGAAAUUCCUCAAGAGCUUCCAAAUGCUAUCCUGACUGAGCUGAAAGUGCUUUUCGACCUUCCUCUUGAAACUAAAAUGCUUAACAACGAAAUUUCUGAACUAGCAUAUGGUGGGUAUAUAGGAAAAUCACCUUUCGGACCACUAUAUGAGAGCAUUGGAUUUGAUGAUCCCCUCAGGUUCGAAAAGGUCGAGAAGUUGAUCAAUGCCCUUUUGCCUUCUGGAAGGCCAGUUUUUUGUAAAAAUUUACAUGAAUUAACGAAGUUAAUGUCAGAAUUGGAAAAAAUAAUUGUGAGAAUGAUUAUGGAGAGCUUGGGUGUUGAGAAGCACUUGGAGGAGCACCUGAACUCAGUAUUUUACGCUGUUAGGGUUCAGAAAUAUGAAGUACCUGAGACAGGUGAGACAGAAGUUGGACUAAACAUUCACAAGGAUCAGGAUGUAAUGACCAUAUUAUAUCAAAAUCAGGUUGAGGGGUUAGAGGUUGAAACCCGAGAUGGUAAAUGGGUCAAUGCCAAACCCACGCUGGACAAUUUUACGGUCGUGAUCGGAGAAUCUCUUCAUGCAUGGACAAAUGGACGAGCAUACUCUCCAUAUCAUCGAGUAACGAUGAAAGGUAAUACAGUGAGAUACUCUACAGGAUUGUUCACAGCCUUUAAAGAGGGCUACAUUGUGAAGGCUCCGGAAAAACUAGUGGAUGAAGAACAUCCCUUGCUAUAUAAACCUUUUGAUCACUUUGAGUAUCUCAAAUUAGUCCAAAGAGAUGCAAAGGAGAAUUAUGAAACUACUCUAAAGCCCUAUGUUCCUUUGACUGCUUAUUUUGGAGUUGAUGUUUGA